AUGUCAGCAAAAGCCAUAAGGGAGGCGACCGGAAAGGAUUUGCUCAACAGGCACCUGAAAUGUUCAUCCGCGGUUAAAUCCCGAUUCGCGUCCGUCGACGAAAAUACAAAUUUUACUGAUUUGUUAAAUCAAAAUCCCUGGCUGGGUCAAGAGAAAUUAGUCGUGAAAUGCGAUCAGUUAAUUAAAAGAAGAGGAAAAUUAGGUUUAAUCCAAGUAAAUGCGGAUUACGAUAAAGUUAAGCAAUGGAUUUCGGAAAGGAUAAACCGGGAUCAAAAAAUACAAAAAGCGGUCGGGAAAUUAAGGAAUUUUAUUAUCGAACCUUUUGUGCCUCAUGCCGACAAUGAGGAAUUUUAUGUUUGCAUUUACAGUCAUCGUCACGGUGACACAAUUUUAUUUCAUCACGAGGGAGGAAUCGAAAUCGGAGAUGUCGAUUCGAAAGCUCUUAGAUUAGAAGUUUCCGUUAAUGAAAAUUUUGACAUAAAUAGAUUGAAAACGAUUCUGAGAAACGUUUCGCCCAGCAAACAAAUUAUAAUUGCAGAAUUUAUUCAAUCUCUGUAUAAAGUUUACGUCGAUUUGUAUUUUACGUACCUGGAAAUAAAUCCUUUGGUUGUUACAAAUGAAUCCGUUUACGUUCUCGAUAUGGCUGCCAAAGUGGAUGCCACAGCGGAUUUCAUGUGCAGGACUCUUUGGGGAGAAAUUGAUUUUCCACCACCUUUCGGAAGGGAUGCUUAUCCCGAAGAAGCUUACAUAGCGGAUUUGGAUUCGAAAAGUGGGGCAUCUUUGAAAUUGACUAUAUUAAAUAAAAAGGGUAGGAUUUGGAUGAUGGUUGCCGGUGGUGGUGCUUCGGUUAUUUAUGCCGACACUCUCUGUGAUUUGUGCGGAGUUAACGAGUUGGCUAAUUACGGAGAAUACAGCGGAGCACCGAGCGAACAACAAACGUAUGAAUAUGCUAAAACUAUAUUGUCUUUGAUGACUCAGGAACCUCACCCGGAUGGAAAGAUUUUAAUAAUCGGCGGUGGUAUCGCUAAUUUCACAAACGUUGCCGCGACAUUUAAAGGAAUCGUGACUGCUCUGCAAGAAUAUCAACCACGUUUGGUUGAAAUGAAUGUUUCCAUAUUCGUGAGAAGAGCCGGACCCAAUUACCAGGAGGGUUUAAGACGAAUGAGAGAAGUGGGACAGAAUUUAGGUAUUCCUCUUUACGUUUUCGGUCCGGAAACUCACAUGACAGCCAUUGUGGGUAUGGCACUCGGAAUGAGACCGAUUCAGUUACCAUCAGAAUGCGAAACUACGACUGCUAAUUUUUUAUUACCCGGAGGACAAGUUCAGCCGAGUCCGACAACGUCGAGGCACGAAUCUUUAAGUAAUUCCGAUCUGACAAAAAAAAAUUCAAUGAGUUCUCUUCAUAAACCCAUGGCCGACGGUGAUAAUGUCGAUAGAGUUAAUAAAUCUCCAAUGUUUACAAGUAAAACAAAAGCAAUUAUUUGGGGAAUGCAAACCCGAGCCGUACAGAGCAUGUUGGAUUUUGAUUUUGUUUGUAGACGUUCGGAACCGUCGGUUGUUGCCAUGGUUUAUCCAUUCACAGGAGAUCACAAGCAAAAAUUUUAUUGGGGUCACAAAGAAAUUUUAAUUACGGUUUAUAAAAAAAUGGAAGAUGCCAUGAAUAAACACAAAGACGCUGAUGUUUUGGUUAAUUUUGCUUCCCUUAGAUCCGCAUACGAAAGUACAAUGGAAACGCUCAACUAUCCGCAAAUACGGACAAUCGCAAUAAUCGCGGAAGGAAUUCCCGAAAAUUUCACUAGGAAACUUAUUGCCGAAGCGAAUUUAAAAGGAGUUAACAUAAUAGGACCCGCCACGGUCGGAGGAAUAAAACCGGGUUGUUUUAAAAUUGGCAACACCGGUGGAAUGAUGGAUAAUAUUUUACAUUCUCGCUUAUAUCAACCUGGAAGCGUGGCUUACGUGUCGCGAUCUGGAGGAAUGUCAAACGAAUUAAAUAAUAUUAUAUCGAAAACCACUGAUGGAGUUUACGAAGGUGUUGCCAUAGGUGGUGACAGGUAUCCAGGAACGACUUUUAUAGAUCACGUUAUGAGAUACGAAGCGGAUCCGGCGAUAAAAAUGAUUGUUCUUCUUGGAGAAGUAGGAGGUGUCGAAGAAUAUGAAGUCUGUGAAGCGCUCAAAAGUCGUAAAAUAACAAAACCCCUCGUCGCUUGGUGUAUAGGAACAUGUGCACCAAUGUUUUCAAGUGAAAUUCAAUUCGGGCAUGCGGGUUCAUGCGCAAAUUCGGACAAAGAAACGGCGACGGCUAAAAAUGAAAGUUUUAAAAAAGCCGGAGCGGAAGUUCCAUCGAGUUUCGACACGUUAGGAGAUACAAUACAUUCCGUGUACUUAUCCCUGGUCAAUAUGAAAAUAAUAGUACCCAAAGAACAAAUGCCGCCUCCGACGGUUCCCAUGGACUACAGUUGGGCGAGAGAAUUGGGUUUGAUACGAAAACCCGCGAGUUUCAUGUCAUCGAUUUGCGACGAAAGAGGACAAGAACUCCUCUACGCGGGAAUGCCGAUAUCGGAUGUACUUAAACAAAAAAUGGGAAUCGGCGGCGUCGUGUCUCUCUUAUGGUUUCAAAGAGCUUUGCCCUCGUACGUGUGUAAAUUUUUCGAAAUGUGUUUAAUGGUCACCGCCGAUCACGGUCCGGCCGUUUCCGGUGCUCACAACACGAUCGUUUGUGCGAGAGCGGGAAAAGAUCUCGUUUCGAGUUUAGUUUCCGGAUUGUUGACGAUCGGUGACAGAUUCGGCGGUGCUUUGGACGGUGCUGCGAGACAAUUUUCCGAAGCCUACGAUUCGGGUUUGGUUCCCAUGGAUUUCGUCAAUUCUAUGAGGAAAAAAGGUCAACUCAUUAUGGGAAUCGGUCACCGGGUCAAAUCCAUCAACAAUCCGGAUCAGAGAGUUCAAAUAAUAAAAGAUUUCGUUUUGGAAAAUUUUCCAGCGAAGCCAUUACUUUAUUACGCUUUGGAAGUUGAAAAAAUCACGACGUCGAAAAAGCCAAAUUUAAUAUUAAACGUCGACGGUAUAAUAGCCGUUUCGUUUGUCGAUUUGCUCAGAAAUUCCGGUAGUUUUACCAGGGAAGAAGCUCAAGAAUAUAUAGACAUGGGGUCAAUAAAUAGUUUAUUCGUUUUAGGUAGAAGCAUAGGAUUUAUCGGUCACUACAUGGAUCAAAAAAGAUUAAAACAAGGACUUUACAGACAUCCUUGGGAUGAUAUUUCAUACGUUUUACCAGAGCAAUAUAAUUAA